UUGUUUGGGUAGUUUGCCUUUGUCCCUUUACGAAUACUGUUCUUGGCUGCAGUCAGCUUGUAUUGCCUUCGGAGAAAUAAGUGUUAUAACAUCCAGUUUCAUCUAAUGCCAAAAUGUAUCACAGGUAUCUCCAUGGAAUUGCUCCUGAUGCUGAUGAGCAUAAUUUAUCUUCAGAAACUUCUGCAACUGUCAGAAAUUUAGGGAUGGGGACCAGCAUGGACAGCACAUGGGUAUUGCCCUCUCAAGUUUCUUCAAGCCCCGCGGCGAGACCAAAAAAUGAUUCUCAGUUGCUGGAUAGCUCACAGCAGAUGCAUCUACCUAAUCUACUUGAGCCAAUGAUUGAUUCAACAAUUUCAAAACGACGACACCAGCAUUGCUUCUUUGGCAGUGAAAUUGAUUCACCUGGAACAGUAAAGCAGGAGCAGCAGUCAAUGCGCCCUUUCUUUAACGAAUGGCCCACUGCUAAAGAAUUGUGGUCCAACCUUGAUGAUGAGGAAUCCAACAAAAACAAUUUCUCCACUACACAGCUCUCUAUAUCCAUUCCAAUGGCUCCUUCUGACUUCUCUUCAAGAAAGUUCUUGCUCCCCGAAUGAUGCUUGAGGGAGCUGCCGCUGUAAAAACUCAGCAGUCUGGUGCUAUGCAGAUGAGCAGACAUGCUAGUACUAACACGUCAUCUGCUUGUAUGAGCUUUAUGUAACCUUCAUGUUACUGGAACAUUGAGUUGUUCCAUGUCUUUGUGGUUGAUUUUCAAUUUUCAACGAUGUUUUCAGAAAAAAAACAAGCUGUCUUCAAAUGCUGCCCAUGUUCGUUGUCAAAAAUAAAUGUAUUUUUACCAGUCUUUCUGCUGGUGUUUAGAUGAUGAUUACUUUGUGGUUUCAAUAUUUGGUUAUCGCUCAAGGAAACUUUUAUUUCAUUCUCCA